UUGUAGGACUCCAUCCUACGGUGCUCCGCGAAGGACAAUAGACCUCGAAAACUCAAUCGACAAUCCGCAGUGAAACUGCGUCCUGAAUGGCGGUGGUUUGAUUAACGGUGCUACCGUCUUUAUCAGAGACUACAGGUUUUGUGUGUACAAUGAUGCUGCGCGACAGGAUAAGGCCAAGCGGAGCUCCGGCGACAGUGAUGCUGCUGCUGCUGCUGCUGCUGAUGAUGAUGCAGCUCCUCUGUUUCAAUCCAGUUCAUGCCGAGGAAUCAGGGACGGUCAUUCCUGCUGAGAGCCGGCCAUGUGUUGAUUGUCAUGCCUUUGAGUUCAUGCAGAGAGCCUUGCAAGACCUGAAGAAAACAGCUUUCAACUUAGACUCACGGACGGAGAGUUUGGUGCUGAGGGCCGAGAGGAGGGCACUGUGUGACUGCAUGCCUGCCAGCAGCCUGCGCUAGAAACCAGCUGUACACACUGCAUUCAGACAUAGAAAUCUUUAUAUAACUUAAGGAUACUACCUGCUCUCUCGGUCAUACACACUAUCUCAAACAUGUUUCCCGUCACAUUUUACAUAAAGCAUUUUAUCUUUCAUUGUAAUAUGUGCAUAGAGCAUCAUAAAUACACAUUCCUGACUAAAGACGU